AUGUCCGAUACCUACAAACCAACUGAGCACGGAGGCCUCAAGGAGGACGGAACCCCCGACAAGCGUGUCGGAACUGGCCAGUUCGCACAGGGCAAAGUCGACCCCGCGGAGGCAGGUGCACAGGGUGGAAAGUCCUCUGGAGGUAGCGAUACCUCGGACAGCAGUGGUGGUAAAGGCCAAUUUGCUGGCGGAAAGGUCGAUCCUGUUGAGGCUGGCCGCAAGGGUGGAAAGGCUUCUGGAGGAAGCAGCGACGAGUAG